CAGCGCCUAAAACGGAUUUUCAAAAAGCACGUCUACGCUAGACGUCUACCAAUCAUUCUUUUUCCUUGUGGAAACUCCUAAGUGGCAUUACAAAACGUUGUAUUACGUAACUCAAACUCAACGUUAAGAUGUCGGGAGGAAUCGAGGCUUUACAGCUUAAAGAAGAAGAUGUCGUCAAGAUGUUGGCCGCCAAGACCCACAUUGGUAGUGAAAAUGUCAACUACCAAAUGGAACAAUAUGUCUACAAAAGACGUAUUGAUGGUGCUGGUGUGAGCAUUAUUAAUCUCCGUCGUACAUGGGAAAAAAUUCAAUUGGCUGCUCGUGCUAUUGUUGCCAUUGAACAUCCAGCUGAGGUAUUUGCCAUCAGUUCAUGGGCUCGUGCUCAACGUGCUGUUCUUAAAUUCGCAGCACACACUGGUGCAACUGGUAUUGCUGGACGUUUCACUCCUGGUGCAUUCACCAAUCAGAUCCAGGCUGCAUUCAGAGAACCAAGAUUGUUGAUCAUCAAUGACCCAGUCACCGAUCAUCAACCAAUCACUGAAGCUAGCUAUGUCAACAUUCCUGUUAUUGCUUUCUGCAACACAGACAGUCCACUUCGUUUUGUUGACAUUGCUAUUCCAUGCAACACCAAAUCACAUCACAGCAUUGGUUUAAUGUGGUGGUUCUUGGCUCGUGAAGUUCUUCGUCUUCGUGGAUCAAUUGCACGUGAAACCAAAUGGAACGUUGUCGUUGAUUUGUACUUCUACAGAGACCCAGAAGAGGUUGAAAAAGAAGAAGAAAUUAAAGAAAUUGCAGCUCCACCACAAAAAGAAUAUGUUGCUGAACCAGUUGAACAAGGAUGGGGUAAUGAAUCUGAAGUUGUUGUUCCAGCAGCUGAAAAUUGGGCUGAUGAUUCUGCACCAGUAGCACCAGUUGUACAAGCUCCAGUUGUUCCAUCAGAAGAUUGGUCUGCUCCAGCUGAAACUGCUGCACCAGCUGUAUCAGCUUCCCAAAACUGGGGAGGUUCAUCUGCUGAAAAAUGGGAUUAAAUCUAGACAAAUUAUCUGAAUUAAACAGCAUAUAAUUUUGUACAAGUAUUUAAUAAAGCCAGAUAAUAUUAA